AUGGCCGCUGCCAUGGCUGGUCAAGCCUCCGAUGUGCCCACGCCACCGCCCGAGCGGCUAGGGGUCCCUUCACGCAAUCCCCUGCCGUUGUCCGCGUCGCAAGAGUCACAGGUGCGCGACAUUUACUAUGCCCGCGUCCGCAAGCAAUGCGCCGACGAGAUCAAAGCGUUUGCCGCCUGCGCCCUCGGCCGCACAUUCACCGUCUCCUUUGCCUGCCGCGCCGAGCACCGCGGCAUGAACAGCUGCAUGAAGCUGCACGCCAACCCGGCCGAGUACGACGCCGCACGCGAAGAGUGGUUCGCGAUGCGCUUGGAGCGCCAACGCCAGCGCGAGGUCAAGACCAAGGUGGCCGCCGCCCAGGAGGAGUUUAUGCACGACUGGUGGGGCUUGCCGGAAGACGUGCGGCUGUCGCGACAAAGGGACGCCGAGAAGAAGGGCGUCAAGCUGCAAGAGAGGAUUGGCGGCAUGCCCGCCAAGGACCGUCCGCUUGACGGCAACCGAUAG